UCCCGCGCGGCGACCAGAUUCACAACACUCCGGAGAGGAAGUCACGGAGAAACCGCGUUUACCAAGUGACCGACGCGCGCCUCAGAUAUCGAAACGCAAACGCGCCGUCUUUGCGAGAAAGUGACACGACGUGACAACAAACAGGAAACAUCAUGAGACACCGAAGGCAAACAGCAUCGUCAAACCACUGGUUUUUCUUGCACCACAGCCGCGUCGUCCCUGGAGCCAAUGUACGUAGACAACUAGAAGAGAAGAAGAGAAAGAGAGAAAAAGAAAACGAAAAGAGAGAGAGAGAGAGAGAGAAAGUGCGUUCCCGCAAGAAGAAGGUACAGGCGAAGUGAUCUCACUUCGCAGGAGUCAGCCGGUCGGGACUAGAUUUGCGCAGGAGGAGAAGAGCGACACGAAGAGAAAGAGAAAGAGAGAGAGAGAGAGAGAGCAUCGUGAGAGAGGGACCCAAAAGGAGAGAGGAAGCUCGCAGGGAAAAAAGAGAAAACGGUGCCCCUUGUCGAGACAAGAGGGACAGAGACGCGGUUAUAGGCCUGUAACCCGUGUGGAGGGAGUGACUCGAGGCGUUAGCAGGACCGCGAGAGAGGAGGUAGAGGGAAAGGAGACAGAGAGUCGACCAAGAGAAGGAGCGGUGGGAAUUUAUAAGGAUGUUCGCGAUAAUGCCGAUGGAGACAGAGGGGCACGGCAGGGAGUUCGGCCGCCGGCAGAAGAUGCGCGCCAAGUGCACGGUAGAGUUCGUCUGCAAGUACUGCCAGCGGCGCUUCACGAAGCCCUACAACCUCAUGAUCCACGAGCGCAGCCAUAAGGACGACGUGACCUUCACCUGUGAGGUCUGCGGAAAGUCCUUCAAGCGGCAGGACAACCUCAAGCAGCACAGGAGCAUACACUCUGUUCCCUACAAGGGCUCCAACGGCUACUCAAAUGGCUAUUCGAAUGGCUACUCUAGGUACUAGAAGCCAUCCGGCCAACUAAUAUAUCCUAAAUCUUCCCUUAUUCCCCGACCCUCCCAAAAUAGACGCGCGUACCUCUCUGUUUCUGAUUAGGCUAGUUUUCAUUGCCGCGCGAUAAUCGUUCGACGAGCUUCUUUCCCUGUCUUUUUUUUUUUUUCUCCUCUUUUUUUUCUUCGUUUUUCGGAAUUUCGACGAGGGCCACGUCGCAAGUCACGUGACGACCCAACGUCUUUACUUCAUUGGAAAUUUUUGAUCCCGAGUACUUUCACGUAUAACGUUGCACGAAGGUGAUUCAAUGAUUAUUCGAUAUUCUUAUUACCGACAGACUGCAAAUAUCCACAAAUUGAAUUAGAAAUUCGUGUUGCGUUGCUAAACACUGUAGACAAGUAGUCUAUUUUGCACAAGUUUAUGGAUUUUGUAGAGUUUCUUGAAUCUCUCGAAAAUGCAUAAACAUUCGUAGUCUACAUACUAGAGGAAGAACUCUGUCGUACCAUGCUGAACGUUUUAUAGAGACUUGAAGCCAUAAAAAGUGAAUAACAGCACGUUGCUCCUUUUUUAGCGCAAACGUAAAAUGGUACAACUAUGAUAAACGAAGAUUCAUGAAUACUGAUGCACAAGUGUUUGAAAUUACAGUGUAUAACAAAACGUGUCGUUACAAUGAGAACAAUUGUCGAAUCACCGUCGUAUAAUUUUCAACGCGUGAGUGCAGAUGCAGAGAUGAAACUCUGUGACGUUUGUUUUUCUAAUAUACGUAUGGUAUACUUGUUUUUUUGGCAUCUUUGAUAACAAAAUGACGCGCCAGAGGUCCAGAUGAACACUCGUUCAAGUUUUUUUAAUUAUUAAAUCAUAAUUAUGCACUCGAUGCGUAACCAUAAAUUGUAACAAGUGAAAAUUCAAAUUAGGACAAUUAGUUUUGGAUUUGUGCAAAUCGUGUAUUGAACAAAGAUUCGAUCUAUUUAUUGUUAAUGAAAGAAUUUGCAAACUUUCAACUUCAAGUUUCCAUAGGAUAUACAGGAUGAUCCUUAAUUUCACGUCGAUAAUUCAGAUGGUGAAUUAAUUCUAUAUACUGAAAUAAAAGAAAAAUGUCGUAUGAACUUGUAUACCUUAAUUUUCGAAUUACAGAUGAUUGAAAUAUUCAAAUUUUGAGUGUACUUAUCUUCAAUUGAAUAAUCGAAUAUUGUCCAAUAUUUAUAAAUAAUAUCUACCAAUAUGAAUCAAACCACUGAUUCAUUAAAGUUUCAGUUUUAAUGUCGAGUUACAGACGAUUAAAAUAUUCAAAUUUUGAGUGUACUUAUCUUCAAUCGAACAAUCGAAUACUGUCCAAUAUUUAUAAAUAAUAUCUAUCAAUAUGAAUCAAACAAACCAUUGAUUGAUUAGAGUUUCAAUUUUAAUGUCGAGUUACAGACGAUUAAAAUAUUUAAAUUUUGAGUGUACUUAUCUUCAAUCGAACAAUCGAAUACUGUCCAAUAUUUAUAAAUAAUUUCUAUCAAUAUGAAUCAAACAAACCAUUGAUUCAUUACAGUUUCAAUUUUAGUCCAACUUUAAUGUCUGUUGUUUAUUCAAUAGAGAUGAACAACACUCCUUGUUCAACUGAUAUUUUCGUGACUCGAAAUUUAAUGCUUCAUAUAUUGAAUUAUAUUGAACAUUUUCUUCAAUCAUACACAUUGAAAUAUGCUCUUAGAUUUCAAGAUGCAGAAUCGGUAUCACGAGCAAUUUGGAAUUUAUUUCCUUGGAUCCAUUUUUUUCUACUCUUCGACUUUUUAUUUUUUAUAAUUGACAUGCCACCUGUUAUCGACAAUAAUUGAAAUCGCAAGAUUGAGAAGAAUCAGUGACGCGAAAUUGAAAUUGUUGCAAAUUUCAUGAAACCUACAUUAUCUACGUGACAACGAAAUAUGCUAAAAAAAAAAAAAAAAUAAUAAUACGUGACGAUAAUAAUGUGAUGAUAAAUCAUUUACUGGCAUAUGUUGAAUUCAGGAACGAAUUUACUUGGUAUCAUUGCUAGAUAAAAGCUAUUAUUUUUCAGAAAUGUUUCAAAUUCGUACACUCAGUGAAAAAUUGUCGAUACUUUAAAUAUUCUUGCAAAAUAUAUGUUUCAAUGUACGCAUAGGAGGCUUAACUCGAAAACCAAGAUAUUUAAAACGUAGGUUCAUACGACGUUUUUUUUAAAUUCAUUUUAAUGCUCAGACCUCUGUCAUUAUGCAAUCAAGAACCAUCCUCUGGAUAUUAAUUUUUUUUAUCAUUCGGUCAUCCAAGGACAAAUUAAAUUGGAAAAAUUCGUUGGAGGGACGGAUAAUUGUUGACACUAUCAAUCGUCAAAUUGUUCAGAUCUCUCGCGCUAAAAAGAAUAUAAAAGUCGAAGAAAAUUUGUUCGUCCUUGAUUUAUAAUAAUUGACAAGAGUCACGGGAUCUUAGACUUGUCGCAAAAAUUACAGAGAUGUCCAAAAAAAAAAAAAAAAAAAAUGAUCCACGUCGAAAUUCCGAGAAUCCUUCGAGAUCCCGAUCACGCAUCCGUUCUUCUCGAUGUCCGUCUUGAGUUCGACUCGAUCGAUUAAUCGAAACAGCACGUCAGCCUGCUGAGUCGCAAGGGGAAACACCAUCAGUUCCGUGGUCACUGAUCGUCUCCUCGCCUAUUUUUUUUUUUUUUUUAUACACCUCGCUUCUCGCUCCUCCGUUCCUUGCUUUUUCGGUUUUUUUUUUUUUUUUUUUUUUUUUUUUUUUUUUUUUUUUUUUUUCGCUUCUACCACUUUCCUGUAUUCCGAGCCUAGACACCUAGACGUCAGCCACAGCAAGCGAUCGCGACAAAAGACAUCGAGAGACAGACAAACAAGACAAGGAAGAAUCACGUCAAUGGUGCCAGACAAUCGGGGUCAGAGUUGGAGGAAAUCGAUCGAUCGUUGAAACUCGCGACACCAAGAGGCAGGAGAUGCGAGCCAAGCGUACGGAGGGGUUCUUCUUCUUUCUUUCGUCUUUUUUUCCAAGCGUUCCUCGACCGGGGAAUUUCCUAGCGAGAUAACAAAUGAAAUUGUUCCACUUCGACGAUGUUCAACGAGUCACGAGGCGACUAGGAGGGUAGCCAGCAACCUUGGACAAGAUCGUCCUGAAAGAUGGACAGGGGACUGUAACUCCGUUAUCGGCGGCAACACGAAGCGAAUGGCCGACCAGUUUCCUCGUUAUCUCGAAGAAUCUACUCGGACCUCUGCUGCGGCUCUUGCUUUCUCCCGGGCUGAGUAACAGCUUAAUCACGGAAAGCGGAGUAAUUCGCGCCUGUGGGAAUAAGAGCAACGGGGGCCAAGGUCGUACGAAGAGGACAAUCGCGCGCUUUCGUCCGUGAGAUGGAAACAUCGUGACAAUUUCCAAUCUAUCGUUCCUACCGAUUGGAAAUUGUCGAAAAGGAAUGAAACACUGAAUUUAUGAUUUAUGCAGCUGCUCUGAAGAAUUCUUUGGAGAUUGAAUUCGAAAUAAUACUCUGACGAGAAAGAAUGUAAAAAGAAUAUCGUUCGUAUAUCGAGGGAUGUUUGAAAACGUGGUGGGAAAUAAAUUGAGUUGCAACAAUUUCUGCAAGAAAAGAGUCGAAACUUCGUUGCGUGUCGACGCUUUUGAUUGGAAAUAAAACUUGCAUUUAACAUCUAAAACAAUAGAUUUACAAUUCAUACAGUUGCAAAUUUGACGAACAAAGAGUAUAAAGAAUAUACUCUAAAAGUCUUCGAAGAAUGCGAAUGCAGAUCGUUUGUUAAUUUCACGAGAAAUUUUUAUCGGAGAAGAAGAAGAGAAUGGAAUCGAAGAUCGUACAUUCGUGAGGUUAAAUACCACAUUCGAUUAGAAACGGUUGAAAGAAAGCUGAUAAAUGAUAAAUUUCCCAAACUUGAAUUGGAAAUUCCUUAAGUAAAGGGAAAAAAAACUUGCACUGGCAACUGAUUGCGGACCAUAACGAGUGACCUUAACCAUAACCGUACAUACAGUAAUUCCGUCGCUUUCUUUUUGAACUCGUCGGCACUCUAUCACCGGACAGAAAUUAUUGAGAAGUAACGAAUUUAUUAUCAGCUUUGUUUUUGUUUGAAACGGAGGAAAUGUUGCAAUUUUGGGACUAAAAAUUCUCGAUAUGCGCAAGAUGUCAAACAGCUGACGAAAAUCUAAAGACUAAUUAAAAAAAAAAAAAAAAAAAGACAGUGCCGAUUAAAAACUCAAUAAAGGAGUCCGGAGCAACUGGGAAAAUUUCAACAUCGCCGAUCGAGCUUUAUACUGGCCCGGAAGCGGCCAAUUUGAAUCGGAGGACUGAUUUUCAUGGAGUCGAAGGGGCGAAGAAAGGACGAAGGAACAUGCGUGUCAACCUCGGGCCAGAGUCCCAAAUUGGUACGUAAUAACCCGCUUGGAAGAUGCUGCUGAAGACCGGAUGCUGCGAUCGGCGAGGCCACGCCCAGGCCUGGAGCGACGCUCGCCUGGCCAUCAGGAUCGCGCAACAAGCUGAUCAGCCGCGUCGCGAGCACGAUUCCACGUGAUUCAACGACGAGAGAUAUCGAUGAUCGAGAACCGAAAUUCCGCGAGAGGAGGGACGCGGCCAGACGACCUUGGAAAUGUGAAACAAAGCGGACACCAGUCAGCUGGCAUCGGUUUCCAGUGGAUGGAACCGUCAACUCUGGACGUGUCUCCUCGAUUUCGCGCGGACACGAGACCCGUUCGAUCAGAACAGCAUGAUCGAUCGGCGCCGAGCGAUUCCUAGACUGGACAACCUUAGACCGUCUGUCUACGCUUUUGGUCCUCGUUGGGAAAAGCGUUCUCUACUUCGGAGAGAACCGGAACCAGUCGGAACGAAUCCAUCAGAGAUCGUCCAUAGUUGAAUCGGUAAUGUCUCUCGCCUCUGAAUUUUGAACCUCGGUUGAUUCGAUUUUCUAUGAGAUUUUGUGGUUAACUAUUUGGAAUAAUUUGUUCGAUUGUGAUUUGGCAGCUGUCGAUUUGUUUUUAAGUUGGAAGGAGGGACGAAGAUUGCGGAACUAUCAAACUGCGGCGAUUACAGUUUUAGAAAAAAAAUUGGUGAAUUUUAUGCGAGUUUUGAAAAUUACGUUGACUUUCGGUGAAAAUUUCGUUCCAAAUUUUCUUCCAGUGUGCGUUAAACUUUUCUGAUUUUAUAGAUAUUCUCUGAAGUAGUAUUUUUCGUAGUGUGUUAUAAAAAUCUUAAAUCUUCGAAGUAGUAAUUCAAUCUGUUCAACGUGGACAAUUUAAGGGUAUUCCAUGGCAAGAAAAAGCUAAAAUAAUGAUGUUGCGAGAUAUUAACCCAUUGAGGGCCAACUUUGCAACAUUUUACUUGCAAUUUUCUCUCAAUCAGUGAAAAUCAAUUGCAAGUAUUCGCUUGUUAUUUUGUUCCUCGCUAUUCAGUCACUUUUCAUUCAAACCGUACAACUUUAUGAAAUUUCAAAGAGAUAAGAGUGUUUUUGAACCAUCUAACUGUUGCUCCUUAAUGGAUUAAGGCUUUUGUGAAAAAUAGCGUUGCAAUGGAAUUUUCAUGAUUAACAUUGUUAUUUAUAAUUUAUCAAACUUUUCAACAUUUCGAACGACGUAACUUCAUCUUGCAUUGGGUUCUUCAAUUUUUGCAAUACGAAACCAUACGAUAUCAUAUAAUUAUCUUGGAAUUCUAGAGAAUUCUGCAGUCAACUUCACCGCAAUAGUCGAAACAACUAUACUUUCUUUCCGUCAUUGAAGCGUUCCGUGAAAAUACAGUUAUUGUAUCCUGUCCGGAAUUUCAAUUUCUCCCGAAAGAUUGCGACAGAAACAUUCGUCGUUCUCCAAUUGCAGAUAUCGAACGAUUCGUAUAUUUUCACAAUUCAUUACAACGAAGAUCAAUUGAACAAUUAUGAAAAUUUGUUUGGAAAUGAUUUCUUCUUCACUCCGGUGAGGCAUUGAGAUAUCAUUAACAUUUCCUUGAUCGAUACUUAAUUCCAAUUUUAUUAUUAUUAUAA